GCGAACGCAACUGUACCCGAACAGCAUGCCCAGGAAGCGCAAAAAGCGGAUAUACUAGUGACACUCGAAAGGAAACCCCAUAACGCAUCGGCCACGAUGGCCACUGGCAUCGAGCUUCUGGUGGCCGCCGCCCUCUGUGUCGCGUGUCCACCUUUGAAUGAAUCCCUGCCCGCGAAUCUCAUCCAGGUGGACAGUGAUAACGUACCCUUGCCCACCGAACUGCCCAUCGACAUGGAGGCCUCUGACGCUGGACUGGACGAGGAUGUGCCGGCGGAGACCCUGGAGACGCUAAUCAACAAGAAGAUUAAGUUGCGCGAAAUGCGGGACUGGAUCGGUGGGAAGCAUUUAAGAAUCGCUACCCUCGAGGAUUACCCGCUCAGCUAUACGGAGCUAUUGGAGAAUGGUUCUCGGAUCGGGCACGGCGUGUCCUUUCAGAUAAUCGAUUUUCUGAAGAAGAAAUUCAACUUUACAUACGAGGUCUAUGUGCCCCAGGACAACAUCAUCGGAUCGCCCACCGACUUUGAUCGGAGUCUCAUCGAGAUGGUCAACAAAAGCCUGGUGGACCUGGCUGCUGCCUUUAUACCCUCGUUGUCGGAGCAACGGAGAUACGUCUACUACUCGACCACCACUCUGGACGAGGGCGAGUGGAUAAUGGUGAUGCAGCGUCCGAGGGAAUCGGCCAGCGGGUCCGGUCUACUGGCACCCUUCGAGUUCUGGGUGUGGAUCCUCAUUCUGGUCUCGCUUCUGGCCGUCGGACCGAUCAUAUAUGUCCUUAUUAUUUUGAGGAAUCGUCUCACCGGCGACUCCAACCAGCAGCCGUACUCUUUGGGGCACUGCGCCUGGUUCGUCUACGGGGCCCUGAUGAAGCAGGGCAGCACCUUGUCGCCCAUUGCCGACUCGACCCGGCUACUAUUCGCCACCUGGUGGAUAUUCAUCACGAUAUUAACCUCUUUUUAUACCGCCAACUUGACCGCCUUCCUCACCCUCUCCAAGUUCACGCUACCCUACAACACCGUCAACGAUAUCCUGACCAAAAACAAGCACUUUGUUUCGAUGCGCGGCGGUGGGGUGGAGUAUGCCAUUCGAACGACUAACGAAUCCCUGUCGAUGCUUAACCGUAUGAUUCUAAACAAUUAUGCCGUGUUUUCGGACGAGACCAACGACACCUUUAAUUUGCAAAACUAUGUGGAGAGAAAUGGAUAUGUAUUCGUUCGAGAUCGGCCGGCAAUCAAUAUAAUGCUUUACCAGGACUACCUUUAUCGCAAAACCAUCAGCUACAGUGACGAGAAAAUUCAUUGUCCUUUUGCCAUGGCCAAGGAGCCUUUUCUCAAAAAGAAACGAACCUUUGCCUAUCCGAUUGGUUCCAAUUUGAGUGCCCUCUUCGAUCCCGAAUUGCUCAACCUAGUGGAGUCCGGCAUUGUGAAGCAUUUAUCGGCCAAGGAUCUGCCUAGUGCGGAGAUAUGUCCCCAGGAUCUGGGAGGCACAGAGCGACAGCUACGAAAUGGAGACUUGAUGAUGACUUACUACAUAAUGCUGGCAGGAUUUGCCACUUCGAUGGCCGUUUUCACCACGGAGUUGUUGUUCCGCUACGUAAACAGCCGCCAGGAGGCCAACAAAUGGGCACGCCAUGGAAUCGGGCGAACGCCCAAUGGCCAGUCGGUGGCUCCGUCUCGGUGGCUGCGUGGUUGGCGGCGCCUGGACAGCGGAAACCGACAACUGUUGGGCACCUCCACCCAUGGCCAGAAUGUGACACCGCCGCCGCCCUAUCAGAGCAUCUUCAGUGGCGGCGGCCAUGGAGACUCGUUGGGAAAUCGCUGGCGGCGUCCACCCAUCGGAAACGGAAAUGGUGUCCUUCUGGGCGGUGGUGCCUCUGAUUCUGGAGUCCGGCGACUGAUCAAUGGACGCGACUACAUGGUAUACCGCAACACCAACGGUCAGAGUCAGCUGGUUCCGGUACGAUCACCUUCGGCGGCACUAUUUCAGUAUACCUACACCGAGUAGGGAGUAGAAUUUAGGUACUUGCCAGUACCAGUCACCACAGCACCGAAGACGUA